AUGGAGCCCGAUCCGAGCCCCGAUCCCGCCCCCGCCCCCGCCCCCUCCGCCGACGAGGCCAGCACCACCCUCGCCGCCCUCUCCCUGCGCGCCGCCGCCGACCUGCCCGCGGACUUCGCCGCCCCCGAGAUCGACGAGGACGACGACGACGAGGGGUACGCCACGGCCGCGUCCAGGGGCGGGAGCAGCACCGCCGCCUGGAAGGAGGAGAUGGAGGGGCUCGAGGAGGACGCCUACGGCGACGCCGGCCCGCCCAGCCCCAGCAGCAGCGGCUACGCCGGCGAGCGGGGCAGCAGCCUCGCCUCCAGCGGCGCCGGCGGCAUCGAGGAGGAGGACGCCGCCACCCCGCCCCACGCGCCCGGCGCCGAGGACUGGGCGCGCGGCAAGAAGCAUGCCGACGAGGAUGAUGCUUCUGCUUCAUGGAGGAAGAGGAAAAAACAUUUCUUCAUUUUGAGCAAUUCUGGCAAGCCAAUAUACUCUAGGUAUGGAGAUGAGCACAAGUUAGCCGGGUUUUCUGCUACACUGCAAGCGAUAGUUUCCUUUGUCGAGAACAGUGCUGACCAUAUCAAAUUUGUUAGAGCUGGAAAACACCAGAUAGUUUUCCUUGUCAAAGGUCCAAUUUAUUUAGUUUGUAUAAGCUGCACUGAAGAGUCGUUUGAAGGAUUGAGGGGCCAACUAGAGCUCAUGUAUGGUCAGAUGUUGCUUAUUUUGACAAAGUCAGUCAACAGGUGCUUUGAGAAGAAUCCCAAGUUUGAUAUGGCACCACUGCUGGGUGGCACAGAUGCAGUUUUCCUUUCCCUUAUACGUGCAUUCAGCUGGAAUCCUGCUACAUUUCUUCAUGCAUACACAUGCCUUCCCCUUGCCCAACCAACAAGACAGGCUGCUAGCGCAGUCUUGCAGGACAUUGCUGAUUCUGGAGUUCUAUUUGCACUGUUGAUGUGUGAGCACAAGGUAAUUAGUCUUGUGGGAGCACAAAAGGCAACAUUACAUCCUGAUGAUAUUUUACUACUUUCAAAUUUCAUAUUGUCCUCUGAAUCUUUUAGGACUUCGGAGUCUUUCUCACCCAUUUGCUUGCCAAGAUACAAUUCUAUGGCCUUCCUAUAUGCUUACGUUCAUUUCUUUGAUGAAAACACAUACGUGACUCUUCUUACUCCGAGAUCAGAUGCCUUUUAUGACUUAAAAGAUUCAAGGGCCCGCAUUCAGGAUGUUCUAUUGAAAUCAAAUGUCCUUCUUGAAGUCCAAAGGUCUUUGCAUGAGAAUGUACUGCGUGUCGAAGAUGUCCCAAUGGAACUUUCUUCUCAACCUACAUCUCCGCCUGCACAGUCUUCUGAAAUGGCAAUUGGUGGACCAGCUGGACUUUGGCAUUUUAUAUACAAAAGUGUCAAUCUUGACCAGUAUGUAUCGUCCGAGUUUGCGUUGCCCAUAAGGAGUCCAAAGGAACAGAAGAGAUUGUACAAGGCUUAUCAAAAGUUCUAUGCUUCAAUGCAUGAUAAGGCAACUGGCCCCCACAGGACUCAAUUCAGACGAGAUGAAGAUUAUGUGUUAUUUUGCUGGAUAACCCAAGACUUUGAGCUGUAUGCGGCCUUUCAUCCAUUGGCUGACAAGACACAAGCUAUCAAGACAUGCAAUCGCGUAUGCCAAUGGAUCAGGGAUGUAGAAAACAAAGUGUUCGUAUAUGGAGAAAGCACCCUUGCCUGGUGAUACUUUGAUGCAAUACCAUCACUGUUGGGGAGAUAUGUGAGGCUUUAGGUUUGUCUCUGUAACAUUCUCGCAAUACUUAUAUUCAUGAUCAUGGUUCAGGACAA